AUGCCUGGCGGGAGAUGCGUGGUGGACGGAGCCGGGUCGGGGCUCUGCGGGGCAGCCGGUCGGGUGCUCCGGGCCGGGCUGCUGGCAUGGGGCGUCCUGGUGCUGGCGCUGACCGCAGGAGGGGGAGGCGUGGAGGCGUGUCCGGCUCCCUGCAGCUGCCUGGGCAGCACGGUGGACUGCCAUGGCCUGGGGAUCCACGCCGUACCCAAAAACAUCCCCAGAGGCACGGAGAGGCUGGAUCUGAACGGGAACAACUUGACCAUCGUCACCAAGACAGACUUCUUCGGUCUCAAACACCUGCGAGUCCUUCACCUAAUGGAGAACCAGAUCAGUAACGUUGAGAGAGGAGCUUUUGACGAACUGAAGGAGCUGGAGAGACUUCGCCUCAACAAGAACCGACUCAGCCAGCUUCCAGAGCUGCUGUUUCAGAAGAAUGAAGCCCUGUCUCGACUGGACCUGAGUGAAAACGCCAUCCAGGCCAUCCCAAGAAGGGCUUUCAGAGGAGCCACGGACCUCAAGAACCUGCAGUUGGAUAAGAACCGCAUCAGCUGUAUUGAGGAGGGGGCGUUUCGAGCGCUACGAUCUCUGGAAGUCCUCACGCUGAACAAUAACAACAUCAGCAGUAUUCCAGUUUCCAGUUUCAACCACAUGCCCAAGCUCCGCACCUUUCGUCUCCACUCAAACUCCCUGCGCUGUGACUGCCACCUGGCCUGGUUGUCUCCCUGGCUGAGGCAGAGGCCGGCGUUGGGCCUCUACACCCAGUGCAGCUCCCCUCCCACCCUGAGGGGCCUCAACCUCGCUGAGCUGCACAAAAGCGACUUCGCCUGCUCAGGCCACGGCGGCAGUGCGUUCGUCCAGCCGUGCAGCCUGGCGUCGGGCUCCUGUCCCCCGAUGUGCUCCUGCAGCAACAACAUCGUGGACUGUCGUGGGCGGGGCCUCACCGCUAUCCCCGCCCAUCUGCCCGAGGCCAUGACUGAGAUCCGUUUAGAGCAGAACGGCAUCAAGUCGGUUCCUCCUGGAGCUUUCACCUCCUACAAGAAGCUCCGCCGAAUAGACUUGAGUAACAACCAGAUAUCCGAGAUCGCCCCUGAUGCCUUCCAGGGCCUCCGGGCUCUCAACUCUCUGGUGCUGUACGGCAACAAGAUCACUGAGCUGCCCAGAGGAGUGUUUGACGGCCUCGCAUCGCUGGAGCUGCUUUUGCUGAACGCCAAUAAGAUCCACUGCAUCAGAGCCUCCGUGUUCAAAGACCUGGAGAACCUGGCGCUGCUGUCGCUGUACGACAACAAGAUCCAGAGCCUGGCCAAGGGCACCUUCAGCUCGCUGCACAGCAUCCAGACCCUCCACCUGGCCCAGAACCCCUUCGUGUGCGACUGUAACGUCAAGUGGCUCGCCGACUUCCUGCGCUCCAACCCCAUCGAGACCAGCGGGGCGCGCUGUGCCAGCCCCCGCCGCCUCGCCAACAAACGCAUCGCCCAGAUCAAGAGCAACAAGUUCCGCUGCUCCGCCAAGGAACAGUACCACAUCCCAGGAACCGAAGACAGGCGUCUGAACUACGAGUGCAACAGCAAGCCGGUGUGUCCUGCUAAGUGUCGCUGUGAAGCCAACGUGGUCGACUGCUCCAACCUCCGGCUCACCAAGUUCCCCGAACACCUCCCCUCCUCCACCGAAGAGCUGCGACUCAACAACAACGACCUCUCGGUGCUGGAGGCCACCGGAGCCUUCAAGGGCCUGUCGCAGCUCAAGAAAAUCAACCUCAGCAACAACAAGAUCUCAGAGAUCGAGGACGGGGUGUUUGAAGGCGCCGCCUCGGUGGUGGAGCUGCACCUGACAGCCAAUCACCUGGAGUCUGUGUCAGGAAGCAUGUUCAGAGGCAUGGAGGGGCUCCGCAUGCUGAUGCUGAGGAACAACAGGAUCAGCUGUAUCCAUAACGGCAGCUUCACUGGACUGGCCAACGUGCGGCUGCUCUCCCUCUACGACAACCAGCUGAGCACCAUCCUGCCCGGAGCCUUCGACACCCUGCCCAACCUGUCCACACUGAACCUGCUGGCCAAUCCGUUCAACUGUGACUGUCGUCUGUCCUGGUUCGGGGCGUGGCUCCGCAGCCGGCGAAUCGUGACGGGGAAUCCUCGCUGCCAAAGCCCCGCCUUCCUCCGGGAGAUCCCCCUGCAGGACGUGGCCGUACCCGACUUCCGCUGCGAGGAUGGCCUGGUGCUGGAGGACAGCAGCUGCGCCCCGGGGCCUCAGUGCCCCAGCCAGUGCACCUGUGUGGACACGGUGGUCCGCUGCAGCAACAAGCACCUGCAGGCGCUGCCCAGGGGGCUGCCCCGCAACGUCACCGAGCUGUAUCUGGAUGGUAACCAGUUCAGCAGUGUUCCUAAGGAGCUGGCAACCUUCAAAUACCUGCAGCUUGUAGAUCUGAGCAACAACAAAAUCAGCUCCCUGGCUGACGACUCCUUCUCCAACAUGAGCCAGCUCACCACUCUGAUCCUGAGCUACAACUCCCUGCACUGCAUCCCUCCUCUGGCACUGGGCGGCCUGCGCUCCCUGAGACUGCUCUCUCUCCAUGGCAACGACAUCUCCGAGCUGCGGGAAGGCAUCUUCAGCGACGUGGCCUCUCUGUCUCACCUGGCGAUCGGCGCCAACCCCCUGUACUGUGACUGCCGUCUGCUCUGGCUGUCCGACUGGGUGAAGAGCGGCUACAAGGAGCCUGGCAUCGCCCGCUGCGCCGGCCCGCGCGGCAUGGAGGGCAAACUGCUGCUCACCACGCCCGCCGACAAGUUCCAGUGUCUGGGUCCGGUGGAGGCGUCUGUCCAGGCCAAGUGCAGCCCAUGCUCGUCUUCGCCCUGCCACAACCAGGGCGUCUGCCAGGCCCACAGCACAGAGCUGUACACCUGCACCUGCAAGCCUGGCUUCACGGGUAAACAUUGUGAGACUCCAGUGGAUGCCUGUGUCAGUAAUCCCUGCACAAACGGAGGAACUUGCCUCAGUGACGAGCAGACCGGAGGUUUCAGCUGUGCCUGCGCGUUCGGUUUCCACGGCUCCUUCUGCGAGGUCAACGUGGACGACUGCCAGGAUCACGGAUGUGAGAACGGCGCCACCUGUGUGGACGGAGCGGGCAACUACACCUGCCUGUGUCCUCCCUUUUACACCGGUCUGUUGUGUGAGGAAGAGGAGGAUGUUUGUUCUCCAGGUAGAAACCCCUGUCAGCACCAGUCUACCUGCAUCAGCAGUCCUACCGGCCCCAGGUGUGUGUGUAUCCCAGGCUGGGUGGGGCCUGAGUGCAGUAUAGAUUAUAAUGAGUGUGUGGAUCAUCGCUGUCAGAACGGAGCUCAGUGUGUUGACGGUCUGGACGGCUACAGCUGCGUCUGUCCACAGGGAUUCAGUGGCGAGCUGUGUGAGGUAGCCGCUCCUGCCCCCUCGCCCUGCCAGCUGGCCCAGUGUCAGAACGGCGCCCCCUGUGUGGAGAAGGCCGGCAGCGCGGUCUGCCAGUGUCUGCCCGGCUUCGAGGGCCAGAGCUGCGAGAAGCUGGUCAGCGUGAACUUCGUCGACAGAGACUCCUACGUUCAGCUGCGAGACAUCAAGAACUGGCCUCAGGCCAACAUCACACUGCAGGUAUCGACAGCGGAGGACAACGGCAUCCUGCUUUAUAACGGAGACAACGAGCCAAUCGCUGUGGAGCUCCACCAAGGUCAUGUGAGGGUCACCUACGACCCCGGAAACCAGCCCGCUACUGCUAUCUACAGCACUGAGACGGUGAACGACGGGCGUUUCCACACCGUGGAGCUGGUGACCUUCAACCGGAUGAUGAACCUGUCUGUGGACGGGGGGGAGCCCACCACGCUGGACAGCCUGGGCCGCAGCCAGCCGCCCACCGGGGAGGUCCCGCUCUAUGUGGGAGGCAUGCCAGAGGAGGUGAUGCCCGCCUCCCUGGGUCUCUCCUCGCAGCCCCUCAACAUGUCCAGUUUCCACGGCUGCAUCAGGAACCUGUACAUCAACCACGAGCUGCAGGACUUCACCAGGAGCCACAUGAAGCCGGGCGUGGUGCCGGGCUGCCAGGCCUGCCGCAAACUCUACUGCCUGCACGGCCUCUGCCAGCCCAACGCCACGCAGGGGCCCCAGUGUCACUGCCAGCCCGGCUGGACGGGACAGCACUGUGACCAGCCGGCGGCGGCGGGCCUGAGCGGAGCGGCGGCAGCGGAUGUGGUCACCAUGGCGACGGAGGCCAACCCCUGCCAAGGCAACAAGUGUGUGAAAGGUGUGUGUGUGGGGCUGGAUGCACAGUCGUACCGCUGCGACUGUGACCAGGGGUACCGCGGUGCCCUGUGUAACCUGCAGGGGGAGCCGGCGGCGGCGGCGGCAGCGACGGCGGGGGUGUGCAGGGGGCGGCAGUGCCAGCACGGCCAGUGCCAGCAGACGGAGGACGGGGAGCGCUGCGUGUGUGACCACGGCUACAGCGGAGAGAGCUGCGACAGAGAGUCUCCGUGUCAAGGCGAGGUGGUGAGGGAUUUCCACCGGCUGCAGCGCGGCACCGCCCGCUGCCAGACCUCCAAGCCUUUCUCCUGGGUUGAGUGCCAGGGCCGGUGCCAGGCGGGGGGGGAGCCGGGCGCCGCCGCCACCGCCGCGGGGCCGUGCUGCGCCCCGCUGAGGGUGCGGCGCAGGCGGCUGACCUUCGAAUGCGACGACGGAACGUCUUUCACGCAGGACGUCGAGAAGCCUGUGGAAUGUGGCUGCAAGGAGUGUGUGUAGUACUGUGGAUGUGAUGCACACGCGCACACACACACACACACACAUGCACAUAAACACACACACACACGCAUGCACAUGCAUACACACAGACACAAACCCACAUACGUCAAGCAAGGAAGGUACAUGCACUGUAAGGAAAAUAUAUCACUGAGACAUUUUGUGUGUGUGUGUGUGUGUGUGUGUGUGUCCUCAACACACAGCCACAGUUUUGUAAAAUAGGACAGUUCUUCCCUCUCAAGACAUGAAAGCAACCAGUCAACCUCAUCGUCAUCUUCCUCUUCAUCACCCGCCGCGGGGAAACUGCGCUCUAACUACCUACCGAUCUCCAGCUCAUUAUUAACGCCCUUGUGUUGAAAUGCCUCUAAACUUCCUGUGUGUGUUUUUUUGAUGUGCGGCUGGUAAGUGCUGCUUCAGCCGCUCUUACCUUUCUAACAUUUCCUCACAGCCACGGCGGCGAGUGUCGACUCCAUCGGCACGAUAAAUAAAGGUACUAAUUAAAUAAAGGUACUAAUU